AUUGUUUACAUGAGUCAUUCCUCUAGCAGUCUCAGCUAUCCUGUCCUGUCACUCCUGCUGCCGCCGAAUUCUCCCUUGUUGAAUUUACUGAGGCUGCGAUUAGAAUUUAUUAGUGCAAAAUGACAGCCGAGAGUGUAUUAAGCAUCCAGGGGAAAAGGUCCUCUGGUACAUCAGUCAGGACAGAGAAUGUUAUUGCUGCCAGCUCUGUCGCUAACAUUGUCAAGAGCUCUCUAGGACCUGUUGGCCUUGACAAAAUGAUUGUUGAUGAUGUUGGAGAUGUAACCGUAACAAAUGAUGGUGCAACCAUUUUGAAGCUUCUGGAGGUGGAACAUCCAGCAGCACGUGUGCUAGUGGAACUGGCACAGUUACAGGAUGAAGAGGUUGGUGAUGGAACAACAAGUGUUGUCAUUAUUGCCGCUGAACUUCUGAAGUCUGCAGAUGAUUUAGUAAAACAAAAAAUUCAUCCUACAUCCAUCAUUGCCGGGUAUAAACUGGCUUGCAAGGAAGCGUGUCGGUACAUCCAAAACAACCUUACCAUCAACACAGAUGAACUUGGAAGAGAUUGUAUUGUGUCAGCAGCAAAGACAGCUAUGUCAUCCAAGGUCAUUUCCAUUGACAGUGACUUCUUUGCCAAUAUGGUUGUGGAUGCUGCAAUGGCUAUCAAGACAUCAGAUGGGAAAGGUGGUUUCAAGUAUCCAAUCAAAGCUGUCAAUAUCUUGAAAGCUCAUGGCAGAUCAGCUCGCGAGUCUAUUAUUGUAAAUGGAUAUGCUUUGAAUUGCACUAUUGCAUCACAUGCAAUGGCAAAGAAAGUUGUGAAUGCUAAGAUUGCCUGUUUGGACUUCUCUCUUCAAAAAGAGAAAAUGAAACUAGGUGUCCAUGUAUUAGUCAAUGACCCUGCAAAGUUGGAAGCCAUCAGACAGCGUGAAUCUGAUAUAACAAAGGAACGUAUUGAGAAAAUCCUGAAGGCUGGAGCAAAUGUGGUACUGACAACUGGUGGUGUUGAUGACCUCUGUUUAAAAUACUUCAUUGAAGCUAGUGCUAUUGCAGUAAGGAGAUGCAAAAAGUCAGAUUUGAAGAGAAUAGCCAAAGCCACUGGAGCCACUUUACUGUCGACUUUGUGCAAUUUAGAGGGAGAGGAAACAUUUGAUGCUAGCUACCUUGGAGAAGCUGCUGAAGUGUCUCAGGAGCGUAUCUGUGAUGACGAACUGAUCUUUAUUAAGGGGCCUAGUGCUCGUACAGCAAGCUCUUUAAUCUUGCGUGGUCCAAAUGAUUUUUAUUGUGAUGAAAUGGAAAGAUCAGUACAUGAUGCAUUGUGUGUUGUCAAGCGGGUAUUGGAAAGUACGUCUAUUGUUUGUGGUGGUGGAGCUGUAGAAGCUGCUCUCUCUGUAUAUUUGGAAAGUUUUGCAACAAGUUUGAGUUCCCGCGAACAGUUGGCAAUUGGUGCAUUUGCACAAUCACUUCUAGUGAUUCCAAACACAUUAACAGUGAAUGCUGCAAAGGAUGCCACAGAUUUAGUACCCAAACUACGUGCCUACCAUCAUUCAUCUCAGGUUAAAACAGAACACUCCCAACUCAAGUACUAUGGGUUGGAUUUAGUUGAAGGUCAAGUACGAGACAACAAGAAAGCUGGUGUCUUUGAACCUGCAUUAAGUAAACUGAAGCAACUGAAGUUUGCUACAGAAGCUGCCAUCACAAUCCUUCGUAUUGAUGACAUGAUCAAGUUGGAUCCAGAGGGUGGGAAGGAAAGUGCCUACCAGCAAGCACUUCAGGCUGGUGAACUUGACUGAGAUAUUAAUUGAAGGAACAGGUUGUAAUAUAGAAGUUUUCCCACAGCCAUUUUGUGAACAGUUGCCCAGCAAGUAUAUUCUUGACACAAGGAAAAUAGUGUUAAAAUCUGUUUGAAAACUUUUAUACAUGCACAGGUGGCUGGCUGCUUGUCACCUAGAAAUCAUGAAGUAAUGACUCAUGAUUAGGUGAUAAUGGAGUGGUUAAUUAAUAAAUUCUCAGCAACAAUAAUUUACAGUACAGUCUACUCAUAUUUAAAAUAUUUGCUUUUUACAGUUCUUAACUAACCCAUAUUCAGUGAUUGUUCACUUGCUGACACAAUGCUAAUUUAUUAAACCUGUAAAAUGGUUGUGACUACCUCAGUGUUGGAGUCAUUGCCAGAUAUUUCUGCUAUUGCAAAUUUAUUUUGUAUUCUAAAUAAAUUCCAUCCCAUUGAU